AUGACUCCAUCGGAGCUGUACCCUCGCAAAAGGACAGCUGAAAAGUAUAUUACUAAGGAAGAAAGACCCAAGCGAUCAACCAUCGAUGAUGUGACCAAAGACUCUACUAAUGAUGAUGUGCAAUAUAUUUUGCCUACGCCAGUAAAUACAAACCCAGCAUCGAUUCAGGAUCGAAAACGACAUAUACAAAAAAUAGCAGAUAUCAUCGUACGGAAGCAGCCUGAAGUAAAAGUACCCAAAUUAAAAGCAACUGAGAUUGAAUACAAUAUUGCCAAGAGUACAAGCAACAAAACAUAUGCCUCCACUUUGAGAAAUGCAGUGUUGAAACUUCAACGUCCAGAGAAGUUUCAGCUGGCAACGCACAAGAAGAAACAUUCGCAAGAGGAUGCGUUAAAGUUGCUAAAGUCAAUGACAGUUUCUGACGAGAAAUUAAAAAAGUAUGGGUUUGUCAUGUCGGUACCGGAGUCAGUUCCAUAUAACAAAAUCACUAGAAAUUGUCAACGUUGCGAUACUGAAUUUAAAUUGAGUCAACAAUUGGAACCUACGUUGUGUUCAUUUCAUUACGGUAAGGUGCGACGCAAUCCUGACAAUAGAGAAAGAUACUACGAAUGUUGCUUGGCACCAAAAGAUGAUAGCAAGCCGUGUGAUAGUUGUAAACAUCAUGUGUAUCAAAAUCUGACUCCUGAAGAAAAGCAAAGCAUUCGACCUUUUGUGAAAACAGAGGAAGUAUUUGAUCAGAAGGGGAAAUACCGAGUUUUAGGUAUUGACUGUGAAAUGGGGUAUACUACCAAGGGCUUUGAAUUGAUGCGAGUCACGGCCGUUGAUUAUUUCUCUUUGAAAACAGUUAUGGACGCUUAUGUUCUUCCAUUUGGAGAAGUGGUUGAUUUUAAUACGCGAUUUUCGGGGAUAUCAGCUAUUGACGGGAACUUUGUAAGCUUCAAUCAAAUGAUUCAGGAGCUCGGCACUGUGAUGGAUAAAGAUACAAUCCUUAUUGGACAUGGUUUAGAAAACGACAUGAAUGCAUUACGGCUAAUCCACAAUCAAAUCAUUGAUACGUCAAUACUAUAUCCCAAAUUUGAAAGCACCCCUACUUCAAAGAAAAGUUUAAAGGAUUUAACAUUCAAGUAUUUGAGUAGAAAUAUACAAGUUGGGGAUCACGAUAGUGCAGAGGAUUCUAUAGCCGCUAUUGAAAUUGUCAAAUUUCAUGUUGAUAAAUUGAAAGUUUAA